AUGGAUAUCCGUAUUGUGAAUGCCUCAGAGUUUUGGACAAUGAUCAUGAGUCUGCAAAACGACAACUUUGUAAGUUUUACGGCUGUGUUCGCCAAGUUGGAGAACCUAUACCUCAGCGGUAGUGACUUGACGAGCAUACCCAGUGCGAUGUACCAAUAUCCAGCCCUGAAGACACAGUGCGUUGGUCAAUACUGCUACAUUCUCAUUGUGCUUACUCGAUGGUCUCACAUCGUGGAUUUCAUUGCAGGAACCUAA